GGGAAGCAAGAGAAUUACUGAGAGACGAGAUUUGUUAUUAUAAAUAUAUUUUUAAGAAUAAUGAUGUUGAGGUUUUGGAUUUUACGCACAGAGAGCUGAGGGAUUUUUCCAAAGUUUAUUUGAAGUUCCAAAGGAACAACAUCCACGUUGUUUUUCUUCGUCUAACAACCUUCCCAAAAAGAGACAUUGUAACAGUGGAGCGUAUUCUUUUGAGGUUCUUUUAAAUAGCAUCAAAAUUUGGGGGAAAGUCACUUCAACUAUUGCGUCUAGACGCUUGUAUUUUACCUUGUCACAAAAAUAUAGAACGAGUCUUUUUACUAUUUUAAAAUAAUAUACUUUUUCAUUUCUAACAUGUACUGCAACGUUACAUUAAUGUACUAUUAAUAACUGUUACAAAUAUUAUGCAGCAACUGAGUGUACCCAGUAAGAAAACAUUUAGGACAAGAUUUUUAAGAUGGGUGAGUGAAAGCUAGACCUUAAAUGAACUGAGCUUACCCGAAUGAGGGGGUAGGUGGCGUGGGGGCUUCACGUAGGUAACAUUUACCAACUGUAAAAUCACUGACAAUAACGUGUCGUAUUAUUUUGAAAUAGACAAUUGCAUUACAGAAACAGCAUGGAGAAUAAUUAAAAUAAAAAAGCACGGUGAUUGUUUAGACAGAACACGAGCUACCGUUGUGCGCUAUUGAUUUAGCUAUAAAAGCACCACAUUGAUCUGCUCAGCCAAAGGAGCGGGCAGGAAAGUCAUGUCUUAUUGAUUUCUGUCGUCGGUCUCAAGGAGAAGAAGCUGUUUUCAUCUUGGAGAAGCUGAACAUCAGCAGGUUUGGUCUAAGGAGCACAACGCGAUAGGAGAUGAUGCUCGCCCGGGAGGCUUUGUAUUCACUAGGAUUUCUUAGAUGUUGAGAAGUAAGAAAACACCUGCAUCAAUAAUACUUUUUCUACAAAACAAGUAAGGAGCCGAUUAAAAGCAAAAAGGACGUGUUCCGCUUCCCCGUAAACGGUAAUUGAUGCAGCGUAACAUUUCUUCAGAAGUAUUUUUAAGUUGUAAGAUUGUUUAGGAUGCACUGACUGUUUUGAUUUUUUACGCCGUUCUGCGUUGAAAGAAUGCUCUCACAGACACAAGGUGCAAACGAGGCAAGGGGAGAGUGAGACUUGUAGCAUAGGAAUUUAAAAUAUAUAUAUAUAAAAAAAAGAAACCUUAAACAUUCCUAAAUGAAGAUGUACAGAACACCGGUGUGCAGUGCUAUAGCGCUACAUAAUUCUCAUUUAUAAUAGUGCCGUGACAGCUUUUAAGAAGUGAAGCUUUGUUACUUUAUACGGAACUUUUAGCUAAAGAAACGGUACAACUUACUUUUAAUGUUAUGCAGUGCAUGCUUUUCAUAGAUUUAGCAAUGAAGUACGUGAAGGAAACAGUACAACACAUUGAUGAACAAAAUUGAUGAAAGCAAAAGAUAAAACUGCCCAGUGUUUAAAUGAACCACGUCUUAAAGGCUAGAUUGUACUAGCGGUACACUAGAAAAAGGCAACUGACAUUUUACACAGGUGGUAUAUAGUGGACACAUAAAUACUACUACUACCACUACUACUACUACUACUACUAAUAAUAAUAAUAGAUAACAUGCUGUGUCUUAAACUACUGGUCGUUUCAUUGGUGAUACUGAAUAUAUGGCUGCUAAAUUCAGUUCAAUCAGACCGUGUCAGGAGGUACAACUACAAGCGGGCACUAGCUUUGAGAGCAGAUCAAAUCCGUGCCUCCAUGUCGGGUGAGAAGUGCUGGUCAGCUAGCACUGCCCGGCAGCGACGUUCUGUGGCUCAACAUCACCCCCUUGGGGCCUAUCUGAGAAAUCGCGCAGAUCCAGGAGUCUACAAAAACAAAUCUGUGCAGGGAUCCAGCCCAUUGGAGCUGGAAAAGAAUAUGCAUGCCCAGCAACUUCAAACAGGCACUUCUAAAUCUGGGGUUAGGAGUGAGAUGAGACCCAAAUGGGAAGUCCCGAGUUUACACCUUGGGUUUAGGAAGGCAAAAACGUCCCCUGAACAGCAAGAUCAAUACAAUAGUGAAGAUAAUCACCCCUGUUCUAGUGAAACAACUACAACUGUUGAAUCACAAGCCGCUGUUACUGGACCUAUUGGGGUGUUGGGGGAUCCAAAAGAAAAAACGAAAACUGAUCCCCUUGCCCAUACUGCAAAGCCAGAACAGCACCCUAAAUCUCUAUACAGGACAGGAAAGAACAGACUGCCAAGGAACACAAGGGUACCCCACGGCAGGAGUCCCAGAAGUCUAGCAGGGGAAUUUGUGGAGGAUGAGUUACAAGGCUAUCCUAGGAGCAGGGUAUUAACCCACAGGGGAAGGCAGGCAUUGAGACUCACAGAUUACUCUGCAGAGAAGGAGGAUUAUUCAAGAGAGCAUGCCGAGUCCUUUGUCCCUAGCAGUGAGUAUUGGGGCCCGGGUUCCAGUGCAGGGUCCCAGAGGCACCUGACAACCAUGUACUUUUCGGGCAAGAAGGAGCAAGUGAAACUCCACCCCGCCUCAGAGUUGGAGUUGCCCCGCUCAGAGUUCACUGUGGAACUAUGGGUGAAGCCAGAGGGAGGGCAGAGCAACCCAGCCAUUAUAGCAGGGGUUUUCGACAACUGCUCCCACUCGCUGAGUGACAAGGGCUGGUCAGUGGGCAUCCAGUUGGUGGAGCCUUCCAGCAGGAAAGAUGCCCGCUUCUUCUUCACCAUCCACACUGACCGCUCCCGCAAAGCCACCACAGUCAUUGGGAACAAGCGCUACCGCGCCAACACCUGGACACACCUGGUGGCUAGCUACAAUAGCCAGCAGAUGACUCUGUAUGUGGAUGGUGCCAAGGUUGGUGAGAGUUCUGGCCAGUCCGGCGAUCUCUACAGCCCUUUCAUGAAUGCCUGCCGGACAUUGCUUCUGGGGGGCGACCACUCAGAUCUUGGACACAACUUUCGUGGACACCUUGGAGGGAUUCUUCUCUGGGCAAUGCCUCGACCCCAGAACGAACUGUCUGGUGGCUACUACCAAGCGAGGGAUGAUGAACCCUUUCUGGUCCUCAAGGUCGAUUUUUCUAAAGCUGAAGAGCAAUGGAUGCCCUACAAAGAUGGCGCCCGUCCCAUUUUAGAAGCCAUUUCAUAUCCGGGAACGGAGUUUGUGUCCCCCUUCCUUCCUCCACCAUGUGGGCUUACAGUCUGCGACAAUACAGACGUCAUCCUGAGCUACAACAGCCACUGGUCACUCAGAACAGAAAAAAAUAUCCGUUACAGAGUGGUUAACAUCUGUAAUGAUGAUGGAUCUAAUCCUACUGUGUCACCAGAGCAAAUCGCCCUCCAGCAUCAGGCCCUCAACCAGGCUUUCAGAUUGUACAACAUAACCUGGGAACUUACAGUGCACCAGGUGCACAAUUCCACCCUCUGGCAACGCAUCAUCCUGAGCAACUGUGAGACCAGCAAGAUUGGAAAUGACCACUGCGACCCUGAGUGUGACCACCCAUUGACCGGUUAUGAUGGGGGAGAUUGCCGCUAUCAAGGCCGCUGUUACACCUGGAAGAGGCGGGACGGCAUCUGCAACAUGGAGUGCAAUAACAUGCUGAAUGAUUUUGAUGAUGGUGACUGCUGUGAUCCGGAGGUGACCAAUGUCAUGAAAACAUGCUUUGAUCCUGAAUCGCCAGACAGGGCCUACAUGAGUGUGAAGGAGCUGAAGGAGGCAUUGCAGCUGAGUGGGUCUGAGAAUCUCAAUGUGUUCUUCGCAAAGAACUCUGUCCGAGAGGAGCUGGCAGGGGCUGCCACUUGGCCCUGGGCUAAAGAGGCUCUCAGUCACCUGGGUGGAAUGGUGUUAAAUCCUUCUUAUUUUGGGACUGUUGGGCACACCAAUACCAUGAUUCAUGAGCUGGGACACAUUCUGGGGCUUUACCAUGUCUUCAAAGGGGUCAGUGAGCGAGAGUCCUGUGAUGACCCUUGUCGGGAGACCAUACCCUCCCUGGAGACAGGCGACCUCUGUGCUGACACAGCACCAACGCCCAAAUCCAAAGUCUGUCGUGACCCAGACCCUGUCAAUGACACCUGUGGCCCAACACUCUACCAGGGAACACCCUUUAACAACUACAUGAGCUACACAGAUGAUGACUGUACCAAUAGCUUUACUCCCAACCAGGUGGCUCGAAUGCAUUGUUACCUGGACUUGGUGUACCAGACAUGGGUCAACAGCAAAAAGCCUGCCCCUAUCCCUGUUUCUCCUUUUGUGAUUGCACAAAGUGCUGAUUCAGUAUCCAUUCAUUGGCUGCCUCCUGUGAGUGGGAUGUUGCACGAGAGAGAGGAGGGGACAAUAUGUGGUGCCUGUGAUGAAGAUGGGACAUUUCGUCAGUAUGCACACACUGCAACUUCACCCCGGGUCUGUGACUCCUCAGGAUACUGGACACCCGAAGAGGCUGUGGGCCCACCUGAUGUUGAUGAACCUUGCGAGCCCAGCCUUCAAGCCUGGAGCCCAGAACUGCACCUCUAUGAUGCCAACAUGACCGUGCCCUGUCCUCAACCUCAAGGCUGUGUUCUAGAGCUCAAUUUCCUCCACCCUGUCAUUGCAGAGAGCCUCUCAGUGUGGACCACCUAUAUCUCCACAGACUCUAAUGCCAUCUCGAACAUUGAGGUUCUCACUGACGAUGGGGGACCCCUUCAGCUGGGUCCCCUGCACACAUUCUGUGAUAUGCCGCUCACCCUACGCAUCAACACCCGAAAGAAGGUGACUGGUGUGAGGAUCUACACCUUAGAUGAGAAGAUGGAGAUCGACGCUGUCCUCUUGAGCUCUCGGACCCGGGACCCUCUCUGCUCCAGCUGCCGGCCACUCCAUUACCAAUUACUGAGAGAGCCGUCUUUUCCUCAAGGGCCAGUGACACAAACAGAGCGCACAUUUACAGAUAUGGAUGUGACUCCAGGGCAGGUGUACAGGUACAGGGUUCAGGUUAAAGCUGAACAGGCUCUGAGUGUGCCCUCUCCAGUCUUGCCCUACGUCCAUGGCGCCCCAUACUGUGGAGAUGGACAAGUGCAACUAAUGCGAGGAGAAGAAUGUGAUGAUGGCAAUCUGCUUGAUGGGGAUGGUUGUUCUAAAAAAUGUUACAAAGAGGCAGGAUUCAACUGUAAAGGAGAGCCCAGCCAGUGCUAUGUGUUUGAUGGGGAUGGUCUGUGUGAGGAGUUUGAGAGAGGCUCCAGUGUUCAGGACUGUGGAGUCUUCACCCCACAGGGUUUCACAGACCAGUGGGCGGCCAAAGCCUUUGCCUCCCAUCAGGACGACACCAAGUGCCCUGUGCUAGCAGUGAAAGGAGAACCCUCGCUCAACCAGGUGUGCAAGUCCAAAUUUCUGGAUGGGAACAGUGGUUUGUCACAAUACGCCUGGUUUCCUUGCACUGCCUACUCUGAGGGACACUCUGUCCCUGACCAAGUGGAGACGGUGUGGCUGAAGGUGUAUUUUGCUCAACCUGCAGUGGCAACUUCAGUUAUUAUCUACUUGGCUUCAGAUGGUUCUAUUCUUGGAGAUCAGAUCAGGAAAACAGCGGUGAUCCAACUUGGCGAUACAAAUGGAAAAAAACAUACUCUAGGUUCAUACCAGCUGUCUUGCCAGCGGAACCCCCUUGUCAUCAACAUGACCCACAACCUGAGUCUCCCAUUCUUCUGGACUGCCUCAGUCCUCCUGAACUUCUCAUCUCCGUUGGUGGCUGUCUCUGGCAUUGCAUUGCGCACCUCUUCCCAUAUUAGUGCCCUUGCCCUGAACGGGUGCGCUGAGGGUGGGGUCUUCAGUCAGCAAAAACAGAUUUGUGUGCGGAGGUCCAGCAGUGCUGAUAAGUGUAGCUCCCCACAGAUCCGACGAGCCUCAGUAAAUUGCUUCCAUGAGGAGGCUCAGCACCUCAAGUGUACCAUUUCCUGUAAUCAGGGGCUCACACUCCAAGUGGUUGGUGGCAUUAAUCUACAUCCUAGCCAGAAGGAGACUGUCCUGGAGUGCAUGCAUGGGAAAUGGGACAGGAUGGUGACCUGUGAACCCAUUGACUGUGGGGUUCCUGAUCAAUCCCACGUCUACUUCGCCUCCUUCUCCUGUCCAGAGGGGACCAUGUUUGGAAAACGAUGUUCCUUUUCCUGCAACUCGCCGGCUAAAUUGCAAGGAGGGAAGGAUUGGCUGGUCUGCCAAGAAGACGGACUGUGGUCCUUCCCUGAAGCGUACUGUAAGCUGGAAUGCACUGCUCCAUCAGCUGUGCCCAAUGCUAAGCUUCUGGUGCCUCGAUGCCAACUGGGAGGACACGAUGUAGGAUCCAUCUGCCGAUACAUGUGCAACCCCGGGUAUUAUGUCACAGGCAUCCCCAACAAGAUGCCAAGGAAGAGAUUCCUGAAGAUUGCGUGCCUGGAAGGAGGGCAGUGGGAGGAGGGGGGCUGCACCCCAGUUGUCUGUACUCCUCCUUCCCUUGUGUUUGAGGGUAUGUACAGCUGCACCAAUGGUCUGAGGUUUGACAGCCAGUGCACCCUCAACUGUCCUGACUCAAGCGAAAGGCACACAAUUCGCUGCACUAAAGAAGGUAAAUGGACUGAGGAGUUCAAACUGUGUAAAAAGCUGCAGGGAGUGUGCCCACCACCUCCUGAAUUGAACCUUGUGGAGUACAGCUGUGAGCAGGGAUACAGUGUGGCUGCUAUAUGUUACCCAUUGUGCAUCAUCUCCCUGAGUGACCCAGUGAUACUUCCCAAUAACAUCACGGCUGACACAAUGAGCCAUUGGAUGGAGCCAACACAGGUUGAGAGUAUUGUGUGCACAGGACUAAUGAGAUGGCACCCGGACCCAAACCUCAUUCACUGCAUACAGUCCUGCGAGCCUUUCCAGGGCGAUGGCUGGUGUGACACAAUAAAUAACCGGGCGCACUGUCAGUAUGAUGGAGGGGACUGCUGUCCUUCAACACUUUCAUUUAGAAAGGUUAUUCCAUUCGGGGCUGAUUGCGACCAAGAUGAGUGUUCGUGCCGUGAUCCAAAUGCUGAGGAGAAUCAACAGAGAACAAGGCAGCAGAGUGCUGGAUUCCCCUAAAAGCAGUUACAAAAUGUGUGUGUGUGUGUGUGUGUGUGUAUAUAUAUAUAUAUAUAUAUAUAUAUAUAUAUAUAUAUAUAUACACACAUUAAAAUAAGUAAUGUAGAAUGUUGUUAUCUGUUCUUAAAAGGACCAUAUGAACACCAGGACCAUAACAGAUAAGACAUUUUCCCUCCUCUGAAUGGUUUAUUUUGCCUCUUGAGGGGUCCGGAGUGAGCAGGGGAGGGUAGGGCAGAAGAAAUUAAGUAACUAAAAGCUUUGUUAUUACUCUUUCAUUUAUACCAACCUACAAAAUAGACAUAUCUAAUAUAUUCUGACAGUUUCUAACAAGUAGAUGUCUAUAAAAUUAUAUUGGGGACCAAUAGUUAUUUUUAUUUUGGAAAUGUGUACUGAAAACAUGUUAUUUAUAUUAUGAGCAUGGUUGUAGAAAACUGCUACUCUGCUGCAUACAGUAUAGUAAAUCACAGUCCAAGGCUACAUUGAAUAUUGCACAUAAUUGCUUUUAUAUUUUGGUCAGAUGGGAGUGUUUGUUGACUUUGCCUGUUAUAGGAUUCUCAGUGAUUGGGCUUAAAACAUUUUCAGAAAUCAGGAAGGCCUGCAAUAAGGAUAUCAUUGCUUAUUUCACUUAUUUGUUUUACAUUCAAAAUGCAUGGUGUUUGACUUAAGGAGCGUGGAUGCUAUUUGUUACUACUUUAUUUUAUAUAGUUCUCAUAAUGUUUGCUUAUUCAAAGGAGGGGGGGAUAUAAUGGAGAAUGUCCACCGCUCGUUAUACAUGCCUUACAAACUGGAUAGAAAACAAAGAUUGUUGCUGAUCUUCACAAAAGUAAAUAUGAAGUGAUUUCUUCAUUUCUGAAGUUCUGAAGUAAACCACUAGCUUUGUUAAGUC